AUGGGUAAAAAAUGUUUAGUGGCUUUGGAUGGAUCGAAACAUUCAAAUAAUGCAUUGGUUUGGACUCUUGAGAAUUUGAUUCAGCUUAAUGACAAUAACAAUGACGAAGAUACAUUAAUGUUGUUAAGUGUUGGUGUUUUGUAUAAUGAUAAUGAAAUAUCAUCGGCAGUACUAUUGAAAAAAAAACAUAAAAAUGGCAUCAACACACCAAAUACACCAACCGCUUCAACUGUUUCAACUACUCUAAAUGUUAUUAAACCUAUACUUAAACGAAUUUAUACGGAUUAG